GGGAGCCCAGAAGAGCAGGAAGAAGAGCGCGCUCCCGUCUCCUCAUUAACGAGCAUCUCCCCUAUGACGAUGACCCUCGGGGAGCACCCUUCCUCAGCCCCGCUCCACGCCCUGCUGAUGACAGCCGUGCAGGGUCUGACAACACCCACCCUGCAGAGAUUUAGAGCCGCAGAGGAAGAGCUGAGGGCCAUCGUAUCUCUCCACGGAGACAAGAUGGAGAGAGUUGGAGACGUCGUGGGAGGGAUCUUAAUCUGGCUCGACAACGUCUGCGAUCCCAGAGCCAGAAAAGCAGCGCUGAGGGCCACGGCCUUGCUGGCUCGCUCCCACCCCCAGGACGUGGUUCUAACCUGUGUGGCUCACACGCUGUCAUCGCACAGAUGUGCCCUUGAGCUGUGGAAGGCCUUGGGUGAAGAACCCCAGCUCACCAGGGAGGUGCUGCGGCAGCUGCUGGACAAGCUCCAGCAGAGACGCCGGGAGGAGAAGAGCGGCCAUGUGUCUCUGGCUGCCAUGAAGACCAUUUACGAGGUCCUUUUCCUUUGGGGAUACCGAGAAGCCAUCCUGGAAAUGUAUCCCCAGCUGCUCAUCCUCUGCGUCAGGCAAGUGCAGUAUGUGAUGGAUCUGCACUUGCCAGAGACCUACAUGGCCAGCGAGACAUCCAGCCCCGAGGAGGGAUCCAGCUGCCUCAGCCCCCUAAGCACGUCAGUGGAGGCUGUGAAGACUCUUUUCUCCAUGCCCGGCUACUGGAAGGAAUUUGCCAUCAUCCAGUUUCAGCAGGGUUGGGACACGAUAGCCUCCCGAUAUUACUACUCACAGGGUGUUGGCCUGAUUGCAAGAGCCAUGAUCGAGUGUGAGAACCCUCAGCUCCCUGCAGUUUUCAGAGAGGCACUCACCAUCGUCCAGAGUGAGAGGGAGGAGGAGCAGAGAACGAUCGCCAUGGCUUUCUGUAUUGAGUUUCUCCAGAGUCCUUCCAUUGAGACAGUGCUGACAAAAUCAGAGCUCCGGGCGCAGCUCAUGGAAUGGAGCAAAGACACAAAUCCCGUGAUACGUAAGCUCAGUCUGCGAGGCCUUGGUAGUAUUGUGUUCCAGCCAGAAAAGGUAAGAGGCGUGGAUUGCCCACGGGACCGAGGAAGCCGAUGUCUCUCAGAUAGCUCGGAAAUGAGAGCCAGAUCCCCACACAAGCCUUGUUGUUUAACACACAGCCCUCAAAUGGUGGAGGUGCUUUCCUGAGCAAA